AUGGUAACCCUAUCGGUCUUCGCGUUGGUGUUCCUCGCCAUCGUCGAGAAAAGUCCGCCCGGCGCCCUGGCCUACAGCAGUUUCAAAAAGAAGCUCACGCCCAUCCCCUUUCCCAGUCCCCUCCCCAGCGCGACCGAUCCAGACCCCCCCAAACCGUGGACCUGCGAUGUUUCCUCUGGAAGCUGGACACCUUCCGCGAACCUUCCACUCUACACCGGGCUGACGUGUCCGUACAUCCGCUCCGGCCACAACUGCCAGACCGCGGGGCGCUCCGAUAUGAGUUAUCAGAAACUGCGCUGGCGGCCGUGGGGGUGCAAGGUGGUGCAGUUGACGCCACAGAGACUCCUCACUCUCUUCCGCAACAAGACGGUCGUGGUGUUCGGCGACAGCGUCUCUAAGGACCUCUCCACGUCGCUACGCUGCAUGCUGCACGCCGCCAGCCCCAACUUCUCGCGAUUCAAGCUGGCAGGAGGGGCGACGAGAGUGUGGGGCGAGAAGGUGGAACCCCAAAACAUCCGCAUAGUGUCGCUCUUCUCCUCGCAUCUGAACGACAUUGGGUUCAUCCCCGACGCAUCCCAACCUCCUUCUGCCGCUGCUGCUGCUGCCGGUGCGACUAACUGGUGGUACGCGGAAGACAACCAGUGGUUCCUAGGCGGCAGGCAGCAGAAAAUAACCCGAGACGCAGCCUAUGCGAUCGGGCUGGCGACUCUAAGAGACCAUGUGGCGCGGUCGGGCUUUAAGGGGAAGGCGGUGGUGAUGGGCGUGUCUCCUUCGCACUAUAUCGUCCCGGUGGCUGGGAUGAAGAAGGGGAAAUGCGACAUUAACACGCGUCUUGACUGGAACCAGACCAAGGAAGUGAGGAGGAUGGACAGCCGGUCAUUUGAAAUGCGGAAGGUGCAGCUGCAGGUGCUGAAAGGGUCACGGCUGCGAUACGUGGACGUGUUACCAAUGAGCUUCUGGCGGCCAGACGGGCAUGUGGUAACACUGGAAAGCACGAUUGUCUGCACUGGUGUGAAGCUGGUGUAA